CAGCCAGCCUGUGCUUCCGAAUCUCUCCCCACCACGCCCAUCAUCCCGAGUCACGAAACGAGGAACGGCACUUGGCCUCUGCGACGGCCUGCCUUUGGACGUGUUGAUUAGUCCAGAGUUUCUGUUUCCAGAUAUCAUCGGCCGGAAACGCGAUCAAUCGUCUAUUCGUUGCUUGACGACCACCUUGAGCCAGCCUCUGGUCGUCGUUGUAUGCCGAGUCCCCGCCGGCAUCGUGGAAAGUAUAUCGGAAUUUUGAGAGAUCCCAUCGGACUCCGCUGCAGUAUACCCACACCGCCGAAUUCGAACACGACUUGCGAGCGAGCCGGAAACCUUUAUGGUAUUAUUCGAAUCGUAUACUAUCGACCUUGGAACCCAUGGAAACCUGAAGGAAAGAAACCUGGCAUUAUUCAUCCGUCGUUUGGUGAGCAGCAAAAAAAGAGUAGGUCCAGGUCCAGGAUACAAUUAAGUGCACGCACUCGAGGAGCCCAUCACCGGUCACAGCGUUCGAAACGAGGAGACCCCCCUCCACUCUUUUCCCGGCGGACGAAGGAAAACCAAAGACAAAUUCAUGCGAAAAACAGGUCGAUAAGCAUAUCCAAGGAGAUCCUAUUCGGGAGCAGAUCCGAAACAUCAGACUGAAGUUGUGAAGCGCGGACGACAGCGACGCUGUAAGAGAGGGGCAAGGGACGAGAGGCGCGGCGGGCUGUCAUUGACUGCCUGGUCUGGUUUCUUUUCCUGCGUCU